GCCAUUCAACUAAAUUGCAUAUUCAUUUUAUUCUCUUUCUUUUCCCUUGCAGAUGUCCCAACAACCAUGACCCCUCUUCCUCCGACGCAGUUCUUCAUCGUUCCACAGGAUUCUUACAUUACAAAAAGAAGCGUGGAUCUAGAAUGCAAGGCCGGUCCCUCUCCCAAUGUCUACUUUAUAUGCAAUGAUGAGAAGAUAGCUGAUGGCAGGACACAUUCUAUUGGUACCUUUGAUGAAUACUAUGAGGAUAUUAGACAUAUAGCCUUAUCCAUAACAAAAGAUGAGGUGCAGGAGUACUUUGGCGAUGAGGAUUUCUGGUGCGUCUGCGAAGCCGCUGCUGUACCGCAGCCAAUCAGGACAGAGAAGGCCUAUAUCAGAGAAGCAUACCUGCGUAAACAGUUCCUCCAGAUGCCACUGGACCACAGUGUGCCCCUCCACGACAAGUUCCAUCUCCUGUGCCGGGCACCAGAGGGCGUCCCAGAGCCGACCAUCCAUUGGGAGAUGGACGGAGUGCCCAUUGACGACGAGAACCUCGUUCAUUACGUGGUGACGUACGACGGGACCCUCAUCGUCAAUGAAGCUACACUGGCAGAUAACGGCAACUAUACUUGCGUGGCCACCAAUGUUGCCACUUACAGAACAACAGAUCCAGCUCGUGUCAUUGUAUACGAUAAUACAAACGAUGGAGCGUGGACGAUCUGGACGGAAUGGAGCACCUGUACCGGAGACUGUGAUGGUGGGACUAGGAGGAGGAUGAGAUACUGCACCAACCCUGCCCCUCUCAUCGACGGAGCUAACUGCGUGGGAAAGGCAGUGCAGACCGAAGACUGUUCAAUCGAUUGCCCAGCUGCAGCCAUCGGUUGGAGCGAAUGGAGCGUGUGGUCUCGCUGCACGGACGAGUGUGUACAGAUCAGAACCAGGACCUGCACCAGGCAAUGUUCGGGCGAACCGCAGCAACGGAGGAACUGCUCUGGAGGACUCUGUUUAAGUGAGCCACCACUAGUUGUCGAUGAUCCCGGAAUAUUUUCUCCUAGUGCUGGAGACACAACGUCUCAAAACCCAGCUGCUGGCGGCAAGAAUGGGCUCUCCAAGCAGAUCCCCGUUUACAUCGGCAUCUCUCUGGCCAUCGUCGUGCUCCUCCUGGUCUUCCUCUUCAUCGCUAUCUACCUGGUCACCAAGAGGAAAAGGGGGAACUCCCCCAGCUACACCACCACCUCCACCGAGGACUGUAACCUGGCUAUGCUUUCAGCACAACCACCGGACAUCACAACCCAGACGAUGCACUCCUCGCUGCGAUCCAACCACGUCGCCCUCUCGAGUCACAACGAGAAGAUCCCCAUGUCCGGGACACCAACGCAUCCGCCCCAUCCUGACCUGACUGGCGGGAAGAUCCCGCAUCAGCUCACCGUUCAGUUCUCGCCCAAAAAAGGAGGGACCAUCACGCAGCUCGGGUGCUUGGGGUCAUCGGAUAUCUCACAGUACUCGUUAAAUAAUGGAUCCCUGCAUUCGCACCCGCACUCGCGGUCGCUGUCGCCAACAAAAAGCCACACCUAUGUUCCUCUGGUAGGACCCGGACAGGAGAAGCACAUCUACGCCACGCUGAAUCCUCCAGAACCACCUCCACAGGAUCCGAGGUACUGUCAGACCCGUUGCUACGGCGACUUGGAGGACAAUGAUGGGUACAUUAUGGAGGAGGCAGAUGAAAACUACAUGCUGCAGGGACAUUCCUCGGAGGAAAGUCUUGAGCCUCAGUCUAUGUGUGAUUCCGAUCCAGGCAGGACAUUAUCGGGCAGCGCUCUUGGGCUUCCAAUGCACUCAGAUUACAGCAUAGCAACGGGGCAUGUGGGAUCAAGAGGGGGCAGAUUAGUGCUACCAGAUUCAGGAGUUAGCUUGAUGAUACCAGAGGGGGCUAUAGCACGUGGCCAGACGGUGGAAAUAUACCUAGCAGUCUCACAUGAACUCAUGGACAGACCGCACAUAGAACACAACCAGACCUUACUUAGCCCCGUCAUCUUGUGCGGCCCGCCCUCUGUAGUCCUUGCCAAGUCAGUCGUCCUGGUGUUACCGCACUGCGCACAGAUGAGCAAGAACGACUGGAGGCAUUCAGUCAUUGCCAGCAGUACACAUCCAACAGAUGACAAAUGUUGGGAGAAACAGACAACUGUCGGAGAGGAAACCAUCAACUUACAAGUCUUCUGCCAGGUCGAUAGUCAUCUAUCCUGCAUCGUAACCGACCAGCUCGGGUGGUAUGCCCUCAGUGGCGAGUCAAGGCCAGAGAGACAGUCGGCAAAAAGGUUAAAACUGUUAGCUUUCGGUCCAGCUCUUCGGUCGACACUAGAUUACCAUAUCAAAGUGUACAUCUCGGAAGACACUCCAGAUGCUAUAGAGCAUAUCCUCAACGUUGAGAGGAGACUCGGAGGGCAGCCCCUCCAGGGUGGCUGCCAAUUUGACUACCACGACAACGGCAAUAAUCUCAGAUUGGAGAUCCAAAACAUAGUUCCUGGCUGGCAAUGCAAGCUGGCCAAGAACUGUCAAGAGAUUCCUUUCUACCAUGUAUGGAGCGGUACCUCCAACACGUUGCACUGUUCAUUUGCCUUGGUCAAGACGGAGCCGGGUAUCGGACCCAUUGGCUGCAGGUUAGAGGUCACCCAAGGCACCUAUACGACCAGUAUGCAGGUCAUGGAGAGGAUCAUUGAUGGGGUGGUUGUGGAGCAGGAGUUGAGACUGAACGGCUACAGCCCUAACCACAUGGUACCGCCUCAGAACGCCUUCCACCUGUCUAAACCAGUCAGAACCGCCUUGUGCCAAUGCCUUGAUAUCCCCCAGCCCAAGGGUAAUGACUGGAAACUACUCGCAACCAAACUAGGUGUCGAUGGAUAUCUUAAUUUCUUUGGCAUCAAACCAAGUCCGACCGAUCAAAUCCUUGACAUGUGGGAAGCGCGGGACAGCGAGGAGGGCGCUCUCAUGAGGUUAGCAGGAGCAUUCCAGGAGAUGGGCCGGCACGACGCCGUCACGAUAGUCCAGAAACAGAUGGCUGCAUGGAUGUGACGACGGGUGACGUGCGAUCAAAGCGAAAGCGAUCAAAACUUUAUCUGACACUCUCUGAUUGGUGCUUCAAUGGCAAUAGUCGUCUUUUGUUUAAAGAUGGAUGCGUGGAUGGAUGGAUGAUGGAUGGUUUUAGCAGCUAGGACUAUUUGGUCCCCCCUGAUGGGGCCGGGUUUUGAGUUCCUGGUCCUUGCAGGGACGUGGUCCUAAGUUGGACCCAGGGUUGCACUCGCAGCACAGCCUAAUAGGAACAGAAUUAGCAGAAUUACCAGCAUGCAACUAUUUGGUCUCCUGAUGGGGCUGGGUUUUGAGUUCCUGGUCCUUGCAGGGACUUGGUCCCAAGUUGGACCCUGGAUUGCACUUGCAGCACAUCUAGCCUAAUAGGAACAGAAUUAGCAGAAUUAUCAGCAUGCAACGCUAUUAUGCACAGCUCUGUUUCAAUCUGUUGCAGGAUACUUUGAGACGGUAAAGAACUGUGAUGAACAUUGAUUUUUAAAAUCUUUUCACAGUCUUUGGCUUCUCUGAGUGGUUAUGUCCUGCUUUAUAGCUCAAGGUUUGAGGAAAGCGGUUGCUGUGCUUCACACCUUCAUCCAGGAUUAUCAAAGGCAUCAUCUUGCAGGAAUCAACUUAGGUCUACCCUAAGACUUUGCAAGCAGAAGGAAGGAACUGUUAGCCAAGCUCACUUGCUUAUCAUGUUGCUCACUGGAUGCACAACGAAGCUUCAUUACUGCCUGCUUACUUGUAUAGAUAGCUUAGGAUUCAAACAAAAAUCAUCAUAUUUUACAGAAGAUCACUGCAAACAAUAAUUCAGCAGUUCUUGGAAAAGGCACAUGAAAGAAUCAACCUUCCCGUCCUCAUCAGAAAGGGAAAAUAACGCAUUGUUUCACGUUUCCCAAUUCGUUGUCACUCUAGAAAAAUAUAUAUUGUGUUGUAGUUGGUACACAACCAGAUUGGAAUAUUCUGAAGCUGAUAGUCAUGCUUGCUUUAUGGUUGUAGGUAAAUCAGUUCACAAAUUAUUGAAAAUUUUAACGUACAUACAUGGAUAUGUAAUUCAGAAAUCCUAACACCUUUAAAUUAUCCUUUUGCAUUUCAGUUCUCAAAUGGACUGUUUAUUAAAAAUUAAUUUACCAUAAAGAUGCAGUAUAUCUUAUCAUUGUGCCACAAAGUUUCAUUCAAUUAUUUAUUAGAUAACAUAAAGGGGCAAUGACUAUUGAUGUAUUGAAUAUUUUUUUGGUAAAUAAUUGUAUUUUCUUCAGAAAUAAUGAUACAGGAUAUUCAAUAGCCUAGAAUGGGAAGAGAUUGACUAAUGUGUGUGCAUACAAAGACAAAAUUAAAGUUAUUGCAAUUUAAAUCCACUAUAUAAAAGUCUAGUAUUUAUAAAGGAUAUACUUUAUUGUAUUCUUGAAGGCCUAGCUGUGGAUGAUUCUUUUCUAGGCCCAACUAGGGAGCUAAAUAAGGUGAGAAAUCAUGAAGGCAAAUAAAUUUUAAGAAAGCGAGAACUGUUAUUGCUGCAAGAUUGAGAGUUAAAUAUAAUGUACAGAAAGUAUGGAUUUUCCUGGUAUGAAAGUGUAAAUAUUCUGUGGAAAGAAUAUAUUAUACAUGUAGGCCUACUGUAAGCAGGGUUCACAUUGUAAUGCCUUUUAUCAUGCUAUUCUUGUAAUUGAAAUAACAGAUUAAGAAGUUAAACACUAAUUCAAAAGUCUAGUUUAAACGUUGCUUCACGAUUUAAAGCUUUUAAUGCCAUUUAAGCAGAUGUACAUGUCUAUUGUCUAGCAUCUGUGCAUGUUAAGCAUUGGUGCUGCAUAGUUUUUGCACUCAUAGAGAUGGAAAUUAGAUGUAUUGCACAAGCGCAGAACGCUCGUUCACUUAAUAAACAAAUUGUGGGCAGCCAUGGGUCUUUUGGGGGCAAUGCUGUAUAUAUUUUGUUUGUAAUGACGCUGUUCGCCCACUGAUUUUUGUUUUAAACUUAAAGGCACAGUUUAGUUUGUUGUUUGUUGCAUAAUUUAUGUUCGCACCAAGUGUAUGCUUUAUGUUCCAAGAUGUGUUAAUAUAUUGAAAAGAAAUUAUGUUUGCGAAGAUGGUAAUUGUACAUUCGCAAAGUAGAAUCACAAAUUGGAAACUUUUCCAUUACUUUGGGAACCAAAAGAAGGAAAGAAAAACAAUCACAUAUGGGGCUUAAUUUAGCAUUGAUGUAAGAACUCACAUUCUCAUUAUGAGUUGUUAGUGUUAUUGGUGUUCUGAGAUGUUUUCCAUGAUAUACGAACUCCGAUAUCUCUAAACACUGGCAAGAAUUUAACUGGUUUUGGUAUCUUCUGAUAUGGUACUCUAAUUUGGGAUUUAUUUGGUGAGUUCUUAUCUCUAUCUAACGUUCCUUUGCUCUCUUUUUUCCACUGCACGUAAAAGCCGCACUUCAUAGCAUGGCACUAAAGCUAUUUAAUGCAAUUUUGAUAUCACUAGUCAGUAACCUGAACGCAAAAUGACAUAAGGGCCAUUGAUAAUACUUGGCCUUUGUGUCCAUUCUGCACUGAUGUUUUAAAAUUGGGAUCAAUGUCAAAAGGCUGUUAGUAUUACUGAAUACAUUUGAUGUAUACUUCAAUACUAUCUCUCCUCAGUGGAGAACUUUGUGGUUUGGGUUAUUACAGAAUUGUCAUUAUUGAGUUUGGUUAUUUCAUUUUUUAUUUCACUGGCUUAAGAAGUCAUCUAUGCAAUGAUUUUGGGGGAAUAUCGGCCGAAAAUGAGCAACGUUGUGAUUCAAUUGUUAGCAUGAUUCCAUAAUUGUGUAAAUUGUGAAAUAUGUAAAUGAAAAUGUACAAAUAUAAUAUACCUAUCACUUUGGUGAACAACUAUUGUAAAAAAAAAA